CUCAACCAACCCCACCAGCAAACCUUCGUCCAUUUUUUUCUCUUUCGCAUCUUUGCAUCCUCCCUCAUCUUGAUCCAUCCUCCUUCAUCUCUUAUUGACUCUAUCUCGUCCUUUCCCCUCGCAUCAACCAUUCACAAUGGCCUCCUACGCUCUGUCGCCGGCCCACCGGGACCAAAUGGAGAAGACUCUGGUUGAGACUGACCCUGAGAUUGCCCAGAUUAUGGAGAAAGAAAUCCAGCGUCAGCGUGAAUCCGUCGUCCUGAUCGCCUCGGAGAACUUCACCUCCCACGCUGUUUUCAACGCCCUGGGCUCUCCCAUGUCCAACAAGUACUCCGAGGGUUACCCCGGUGCUCGUUACUAUGGUGGCAACCAGCACAUCGAUGCCAUUGAGCUUACCUGCCAGGCUCGUGCCCUGAAGGCCUUCAACCUUGACUCCGAGAAGUGGGGCGUCAACGUCCAGUGCCUGAGUGGAAGCCCUGCCAACCUGCAGGUCUACCAGGCUCUUAUGCGCCCUCACGAUCGUCUGAUGGGUCUUGACCUUCCCCACGGUGGCCAUUUGAGUCACGGCUACCAGACCCCCUCUCGCAAGAUCUCCGCCGUCUCUACCUACUUCGAGACUUUCCCCUACCGUGUUAACCUCGAGACCGGUAUCAUUGACUACGACCAGCUGGAGGCCAACGCCGAGAUGUACCGCCCCAAGUGCCUGGUCGCCGGUACCUCCGCUUACUGCCGUCUGAUCGACUACCAGCGUAUGCGCAAGAUCGCCGACAAGGUCGGUGCUUACCUCAUUGUUGAUAUGGCCCACAUCUCUGGCCUGAUCGCCGCCGGCGUUAUCCCCUCGCCCUUCGAGUACGCCGACGUUGUCACUACCACCACUCACAAGUCCCUCCGUGGCCCCCGUGGUGCCAUGAUCUUCUUCCGCAAGGGUGUCCGCAGCACCAACCCCAAGACCGGCGAGGACAUCAUGUAUGACCUUGAGGGCCCCAUUAACUUCUCCGUCUUCCCUGGUCACCAGGGUGGUCCUCACAACCACACCAUCACUGCCCUUGCCGUUGCCCUCAAGCAGGUUGACACCCCCGAGUUCAAGCAGUACCAGGAGCAGGUCAUCAAGAACGCCAAGGCUCUGGAGGUUGAGUUCAAGCAGCUCGGCCACAAGCUCGUCUCCGACGGCACUGACAGCCACAUGGUUCUCGUUGACCUCCGUAACAAGAGCCUGGACGGUGCUCGUGUUGAGGCUGUUCUGGAGCAGAUCAACAUUGCUUGCAACAAGAACUCCAUCCCCGGCGACAAGUCUGCUCUGACCCCCUGCGGUAUCCGUAUUGGUGCUCCUGCCAUGACCACCCGUGGCAUGGGUGAGGAGGACUUCAAGCGCAUCGCUCGCUACAUCGACCAGACCAUUGUCAUCUGCAAGGCUGUCCAGGGUGAGCUGCCCAAGGAGGCCAACAAGCUCAAGGACUUCAAGGCCAAGGUUGCCUCCGAGACCGUUCCCGAGAUCUUGGCCCUUCGCAAGGAGGUUGCUGAGUGGGCCAGCACUUUCCCUCUGCCCGUUUAAAUGAUUUCCUCUCGGGUUGAGUUUUGAUACCACUUUUCCUUUCUUAUAUUUGCAUUUGGCUUUGGUUUUCUUUUGCGCGUUCAACAUAAUUGCGUAUAAAUGGGUGUGCGUUUAUCGGGGUUUCAUACAGGACUGCUUUUUCAACCUUACGCGGGUCAAUGGGAUAUGGAUAUGCAUGAGAGCAUGUGAAUGACUUUUUCAACACUUCUUCAACACAAAAGUUCAGGGGACCGUCCAGUGUCGACGGUCCAGGGGUCUCAUUUGGCUUUGCCAGACUUGAGCUAUCUAGAAAUCAAUUAAUGAUUAUGAGAAUUAUCUUUCUCUCGUC